AUGCGCAUGCUCUUCCUCGUGCUCGUCGCGCGCUCGGGAGCCGGAGUGGCGGGGUCGGAGCUGCUGCAACGGCGCGAGUGGCCGCGAGGGGUCGUGCUGGGGCUCGCCAGAGAACGAGGCCACGGCGCGGCGCUCGCGGCGGCGCACGGGGCAGCUUUGAGCAGUGCAGCGCCUCAACAUCAGCUUCAAGCAGUGCAGCGCAACGCCAGUGGCCUCUCUGGAGCUGUGCGGCGGCUGGCGGGCCUGUGCGACGGCGCCGAUCCGUGGGCUCGGGACGCGCAGUCGGCUCGCGUGCCGGUUGCCGAUGCCUUUGCUGCGCCGACGGGCGGCCUCGAUGCGGAUCGCCGCGAGUGGCGUGGGAGCCUCCAGUGGCACGGUCGUUGUCUCUCGCCGCUUCUCGCUGCAGCCUUCAUGCCACCUCGCGGUCGUCCCACUCUCGUCGUUCUCUCCCUUGUCAUUUCCUCCUCUGUCGCGUCGUUCUCUUCUGUCUCGCCCUGA